AUAGUAACUCGGGGCCAUUCGAUGAAACAUUCUCCAUUGUUCUGCUGUCAGUCUUUAUUGCACAGCGCAAUUGUUUGUUUCGAGAAGGAGAAUCCAACAGGUUCACUCAGACGUCCACAUUUCCCUUCAUCGUAUUGCCCGACCUGACUUUCGUAUGGACGUCCCACGAUGCUCUAAUGCAUAGAUGAAAAAAGUCUUCACGGAUAAGCUGGUGUUGACUGGGAGCGGCGCGUAGCACCAAGCAAUAUGAAUGGUCUCACUGCCCGAGGUCCGCGCUUAUUGAAAACAGUUGCAGGGAAGCCAUGGGCAAGAAGAGAAGAUCACGACGACAAUGAUAGCUAUAUACCACAAGGCAUACUCUAUCACAAAGGAGCUCCUCCAAAUAGUGCGGAGUCGAAGCAUUCGCGUGAUGUGGAGGCAGAUCCCCUAAGUUCAAGCGACGACGAUGUGCCGAUCUCUUCUGCGAACAUUCCAGCGUCUUUUGACGCCAGUGGCAAGUCUUUGCGCAGCUUUGAUGUGAAGGAAACACCGCGCACAAAAGUACGGCCCGCAGGAAAUGUUACCACGAACGGAACGAACAACAAGUCACGUCGGAAAGUGCAGAAGAGAUCUGACGACGGCGACGAUGAUGUUGAUAUAUUUGGAGAGAUCAAACGCAAAAAGCCGAAGUUGAGAACUUUCGGCUCAAACAGUACAUAUGAUGGACAUAAUCGAAUCAAUGCAAAACACUCUGGCGAACCAAAGGGGUUUAUAAACCCUCUUGCGUCGUUCUCUUCGCCGGAAGAAUCUGAGAUAUCACCCCGAGUUUUUAGGAGGACACUUUUGAAAACACCAAAUUCAGAGAGUAGAGGUUGUUCAGCUUCUCAGGCAAGAGAAAGCAGAUAUUCAGGCGCUGAAGAAUAUGUCUCUACACCAGGAUCUGAUUCCGUACGAAAUUUCCCCAGUUCUAAGGAGGGCAGGGAUCAGAAUCUCAAAAGAGUUUCAACGCUGAAUGAAGAGAGCUCUUCAUCUGCAGUUCCAAAAUUCAAAGUGUUCGAGAGCUUGACACAAGCGGCGCAAAAGUAUGACCCGGAUCUGCUCAGAAAGGAAAAAGAGGAAGAAGAGCGAGGCGAAAAAAGGGAAGCUUCCUUGGCAGAACUAUCCGACGAAGGCCCUUGUCCAAUGCGUUGUGGCAAAAUACUGUCAAGACGUGUUCUAGACACGUUAAGUUCCACGGCCAGCAUUAAGGAACAGCAAAAGUUUUGCCGAAAACAUCAAGUGGAGGACGCUUGGAAAGAACGGGAGCAAAAAGGGUAUCCGAUUGUUGAUUGGGACAACUUGUCCAAACGACUAAGGCGGCACAAUGGAGACAUUGCGAACAUGAUCAAGCAGCCCGACCGGCUGUUCUUUCGCAAAGAAAUGGAGGUACGCAACAAAAAGGGCCGAGAUCGUACACUCUUGCAGCAUAUGAAAAAUGAAGGAUUGGAAGGCAUUGGCGUUGGCUACUAUGGCUCAAAGGGCCUUGACGUAAUGACUGAGCAUAUCGUGAACAAUUUUGCCACGGACAUCAGAAAUCAUGCUGCGUCUGACAAAGUUGUAGCUGCGCGAGGAGUCACCGGAUAUAUUCAAAUGGUGCUAGUUUUGGAGCUGGCCACACUGCUUAUCAAGGAAGAUAUGAAAGUAGACGAGUCAAAAGCGAGACAGAUUAUGAGUGAGAGUACAGCAAUGGGCGAACUUCUCAAUCCGAGCGAGAUUGGUAGAACCUAUGGACAGGUGAUCUAAACAGGACACACCAUGGUCAACGACAAGCUUCAUAACUACUUGCUUCAUAACUACUUGAACCAGAUACCCAAAGACCGCUGAAAGCAAAUACAAUUUGUAUCGCAUGAUUGUAGGGGCCACUUUUUCAUCAGUCUCUUUGAUGUGUCGAUAAUAUUCCCGACGAUUCGAAAAUAUAUUGCAACUACACCUGGAUUCUAUCUCAAGGACUACAAAGACUCCGUCUUAAUCCGCCUGGUAUAAUCUGAGGCAUUCUGCUUUGAUGGCUCACACUUUCUUCGGCUCACGAAUCAUGAUCUAUUCUAGACUAAGCAAAUUAAUCUCUGCAUGCUUUGGCAACACUCACCACAUCUACAGGAAAUCGUUUUUCGUGCCACCACGGACUUGCAUCAAAAUCAAUGGUUCCAAUUUGCUUGAAACCAGCCUUCAAGUACAAUGCAAUCCCCGCGUCGGUGGCUUCCACAUACGCCAUGCAGCCGAAUCUAGAUCCGCAUCAAUACAGAACCUUUCGACGGUCAUGUUUAACGAACCGAUCUGCAAGUUGGCAGCCUUGCGUUAGAAGUGCCUUGCCUAUGCCUUUACCAUGCAUCGCCGGCUCCACAAUCAUCAUCAAAACCUCCACACAGGGCUUUGUCCCCACAAUCUCAGCAUAGCAAUCUCUCAUCUUCUUUCCCCACGCUCUCCAAAGGUCGGCCCUCUGCUCCGGCCCAAAUUCUGUGAACGUGGGCUCAGCGUUAUCCAGGACUUCUUGACUCACGCCGUUCGGAGCGAUAUGAUAGUACGCUGCCCCUAUCAUCUGACCAGUGGCAGUGUCAACCGCCUUGUACGCAUAAAUACCUGGCUUAAAUAUGAUUUUUGCGCGCUGACGCGCCAUAAUUUCAUAGCAUGCUUCGCUUGGCGGCGAUGAAAAGAGUAUCGGCGAAAGAGAAUCCGAGAACGCACGAUAGUAAAGCUUAACAAAUUCGAGAGUAUCUUCCUCGACGAGGGGUUUGAUUUCAAAAUCCAUGCUAGCUUGCACAAAAUGAGUGAUACCUAUGAAUGUGAUGUUAAUCUGAAAUGUACUACGUGGGGAUAUCAACAUGACUCAUGUUUUGUCACAGGGCGUGUACAAUAACAAGGCUGAUUUGAG